AUGGAAAAAAUUAUUUCGUCAAUUAUAAAAAAACUUAAAUUAAAAGACCGCCAAAUAACAAAUAUUUAUAACUAUGGUUCAUGGGUUUAUGGUACAAAUCAUGCAAAUUCUGAUCGUGAUUUUCUUUUUAUUAUAAAACCUGCAUAUGCAUAUCAACAAAAACGCUUAAGAUUUCAUCAAGAUUUUGAUUAUUUUCAUUCAUUUAAAUUGCAUCGAAUAAAAAAAUGUGAUAUAACAAUUCAUACAUGUGAAAAUUUUGAAUUAUUAUUAGAAAAAAAUUAUAUGUUAGCUGUCGAAUGUAUAUUUUAUCCAAAUGAAUUUAUUUUAAGAAAUAAGAUUGAUUAUAAAACAAUAUAUUUAUCAAAAUAUUAUAAUCCAUUACGAUUAAAACAAGUUGUAUUUUAUGAAAAUUAUUCGAGUUUGAAAUAUAUAAUUGAUGAUGAUGAAGAUAAUUUAGAUCAUAUCUCGACAGAAUUAAAAUCAAAUACAAUUAAUCAACUUUUAUGUGAUGCUCUACAUAUAACAACUCAAGAUGAAGAUCGAAUACUUAAAUAUUUAUUUCAUGGUCUUAGAUAUUUAGAUAUUGGUGAACAAUUAAUUCGAACAAAAUCAAUUUAUGAUUUUAAAAGUGUAUCAUAUAUAUUAUCGGAAAUAAAACAAAUAUUUAUAAAUAAUAUGAAAAACAUUGAUUUUGUUGUUGAUUAUUUUGAAAACAAAAGUGAUGAAUACAAAAGAAUAAUCGAUGAACUUGUACCAACAAAUAUUAUUAAUGGUGAAUUUAAAGUUCAUAUUACAAUUCGUAAUCGAAAUAUACAAAAAUUUUUAAAUAUCUGUAAAAUAAAUAAUAUUAAAGUAAUUUGUAUUCAUUUCAAUGAUGAAGAUCAUAUUGAACAAGUAAUGACAUCUUCAUAUCAUGUUGGAACAUAUUCUGAUAUAGUUGAACAAAUGAAAACUUUAAUUACUAAUACAUUUAAUGAUUUUGAUAUAACAAGAUUAAAAAUAAAAUCAUUACCAUCGAACAAUGGUAUACCAGAGAAUGAUAUUGAUAAAUUAUUCUUUUGGGAUAAAAAAUCAAAUUAUUUCGAAUUUCAUUAUAAAAUAUUUAUUAAAUCAAAAACAAAAUUAAGAAAAUUAAAACAAUUAUGUCAACAACAAAAUCUUUAUCUAUCAUAUAAUGCAUUUGAAAAACCAUCGAUGGAUAAUAUGUAUUAUAUUGUUACAAUGCGAUUAUUUAACAGUGGUAGAAGAAAUGCAUUAAUUGGAAAUAAUAAUAUUAUUCAAUAUUUAACAAGAUAUGAUUUUUUACCAUUGAAAGUCGAACAAUAUUUCGUAGCUUAUGAUUCAAAUAUUGACUUGGAUAAGAGAUGGAAAAGAAUUACAUCAGAUUUACCACAAACUAAGUCAAAAAUUGUUAGGAUUGGUCAUAAAUAUCGAAUUGGUGGUAUACGUCGAAAAGUACCUAAGAGAUCUACGGAAUGA